GUAACACUUAGACGUAUGGGUGGUGGGAAUAUGUAAAAGCCCUUAUCACAGUAUGAAUCCGUUCACUUAGUUAAAGACAGUGCUAGUGUACUUUUGGAAUCUAAUUAUUAUUGAGUGAAGAUGAUCACAAAACAAUUGACAUCGUAUCUGUUUCUUUUAAUUCUUCUAGUAGUUAAUGUUCAACGAGGUAUAUCGUUGAAAUGUCGUGUAUGUACAACUGACGAUGAAAAAAAUGACUGCUGGGCUAAUCCCGAUAAAGCACCUACCGUAGAGUGUGGUGCAGAAACAACAACAGCACCACCGGAAGUAGAGACAACAGUACCACCAGCAGGAGGAACAACAGCAAAACCAGCAGGAGAAACAACAGUAACACCAGCAGGAGAGACAACAGCAAAACCAGCAGGAGAAACAACAGUACCACCAGCAGGAGAGACAACAGUACCACCAGCAGGAGAAACAACAGCAAACCCAGCAGGAGAAACAACAGCAAAACCAGCAGGAGAUGCAACAGCAAAACCAGCAGGAGAAGCAACAGCAAAACCAGCAGGAGAAGCAACAGCAAAACCAGCAGGAGAAGCAACAGCAAAACCAGCAGGAGAUGCAACUGCAAAACCAGCAGGAGAUGCAACAGCAAAACCAGCAGGAGAAGCAACAGCAAAACCAGCAGGAGAUGCAACUGCAAAACUAGCAGGAGAAACACCACUAAACCUUAAAACAAAGUCAGCAGCAGUACCUGACGUUCCAUUCAACCUAGAGGAACAAACACUUCUAACAUUCUUUCGAAGUUGGAAACAAAAUCAAACUCUGUCAAGAUUGAAACGUGAUACUUCAAGUGAUUGGGAAUGUGUAAAAAUUAUCACCCAAAAUAAAGAUACUCAGAAAAAGACGUUGCAACGUUUAUGUGCGAAAAAAACAGAAGAAUCAUGUAAAGACAAAAAAAAUGAUAGUGACAAUAAAUGUGCAACGUGUAGCGAUAAAGAUUUGUGUAAUUCAGCAUCAAACAUCAAAUUACAAUUGAUACCAGCAUUCUUAUCGGUAUUUCUAGCACUUUUCAUUUCAUCAUAAUAACUGUGUUUCUGUUAUCUUAAUUUGAAUUAACGCCUUUUUUGAUACUGUAAAAAAUAAUUUUGUGUUGAAUUAUAAAUAUCUUUGAUCAUUUAUUAAAAUAAUUAAUAGAGAUUACCAAAUGUCACUUAUUUAAUAAAAUAUU